AUGGAUUACUAUCGAUCACCUCCUCUCGCCUCUAACGCCAUCAUCUACCCACCAAUCAAUUCUCGCCCAAUGCCUGCUGCACCUUACUAUGAGCCACUUCAACAUAGUUACCAUAAUAUGUCCAACUAUGCAACGGGAGGUCCUGUACAACAACCUCCUUUACCACUUCCGACUCAACAUUAUGUCCAGAGUACCCCAAUGCCACCUUCUAUUCGACCUUCAUCUGGAGCCUGGACACCCAUUGAUGAUCGAACUUUGAUACAAGCACGGAAGCAAGGACUGAACUGGCAACCUAUUCAAGCAACUUACUUUCCAACCAAAUCCGCCAACGCUUGUCGAAAACGUCAUGAACGUUUAAUGGAACGCAAGUCUAGUGAUGAUUGGGAUAAUGUCAAAUCCGAGACCCUUGCGAAGCAUUACAUGGAUAUGCGCAAAGAAAUUUGGUCUGGUUUGGCUGCCGCUACUGGGGAGAAAUGGACUGUUGUAGAGCAAAAGUGUAUGUCAACUGGUCUUAAGAACAUGCAAACAUCUGCAAGAGCUUAUGCUCGUCGCGAACGUAUGAUGGAAGCUGGAGGACAAGCUGGAAAUGGAGCGUAUUCCGACCAUACCGAUUAUGAAGUUCACGAAGAUAGUGGCAUUAGCAUUAAUCUCGACGGCGAUUAUGAUCGUGAUAAUGGAUCUGAAGCCUCGACUAACGACCCACUUAAUCAUAAUCAACAACACUACUCAUAUGCACCACAAGUUCUUUCAGAUGGCCGACCAGAUGGAUAUCCCCAGACCGACCGUAACGAUGGAUACCCACAAUCAGAUCGCAAUGACGGUUACCCACAAACCGACCGAAGUCCAUAUCAUCAAGAUAACAGGACUUCAUUUCAUUCUCGUUUACCUUCAAUGGAUAUGGGCAUUGACGCAAUCAUUAAUCAACCAUCCGGCCUCUAA